AAAAAGAGGAAUAUUUUUGAAUAAAAACAUGGGACAAAAGAGGAAAAGGUGUCAGUGACAGAAGAGAGAGAGAAAAAGAGGUGGGGGGAGUCGAGAUACGCUCAUUCGCUCACGAGACUGAGAGAGAGAGGGAGAGAGAGAGAGAGAGAGAGAGUGUGUGAGCCACUAUCAUUCUUUCCUGACUCCACACGGGAACGCAGCAUCCCUGGAACACGGAAUCUUGGCGGGCUGGGAAUCGGACAAACGGGAACGCGCCGAAGCGGAGAAUAAAUAUUACCUUUCAUCAGUUGGUUUCCUCACUCAUCCACUAUCACUUGUUCCUAUCUUUUUUUUGUUUUUUGAGGAGAACUUCUCCAGAGCCUCCAGUGAAAACACAUACAUAUAGAGAUAUAUCUAUAACAAUCCUAUACAUAUAUCAAUAUACAGUAUGCCUGUUUUCCUAAACAGCGUAUGGGGUACAGAAACGAGCAAUAGGAAGACAUUGUUUUAACGAAAGCUGUACGACUGAUAUUUUUCUGCGUGUCCGACGCUGAGAAUGACUUGUGGAAUAUCUCUGAACUGUAUUGUGAGGGAUCUCUUCCUCACCGGCAUUACGCAACAUUCGGUGGGACAGAGAUCAUGGAUACGGCUCUAUUCCAACUCUUUUAGGUUUUGAAUUACUCAAUUUUGCUGGAUAUUUCUUGGGCCACAAAACUGUUUGUCUCUGAAUUUGGAAAGUGUCCAACGUUGAGGAAUCUUGUUCUAGAGUGAUGACAGUGACGAGCGCGUGGUGCGCUGAACUGGCGUGGAAAGCUUUCUCAACCUUGUUUCAUUUCCCUUGCGAAGACCGCGUUCCCUGUAUCAGCUUUUUGCUCUCGUCCGGUCAGCAUUAAACUUUCGUUAUAUGAACUAAACUUCACUGCACUGUUGCAUUCUGGGAUACACAUUGUGGGAUUACCAAAAACUCAUAAUGGCAACCUCACUCGUGUUUUUAAAUCUCCUGACUGCUCUUCUCUUGUUCAGCGGCAUUUCUCACAGCCAGAAAUCCAACGGCGCCAACGCAGGCGCGCAGUCGACCAAUCGGACAGUUGCUCCAUCCGGCGCCCCGGAGGUCACGCUCGCAACCCCCGUGUCGGAGGCAGACGACCAAUUGCCGUCGUCCGGGAGUCGUUGUUGGGGUUAUUACGAUGUGAUGGGUCAAUGGGAUCCCCCGUUUAACUGCAACGCGGGAAUCUACCUGUUCUGCUGUGGUUCCUGCUACUAUAGGUUCUGCUGCCAGUUUAAGGUUCACAGUCUGGACCAGACAUCCUGCUCGAACUACGACACACCUGUGUGGGCCAACACGGGCAAGCCGGCAGCUCCGGUUACGGAUGUUCAAGAGGAACCGGAUCGUGAUCGCACUCACAUGAUUGUGUACAUCAUCUGUGGAGUGGUGGCCAUCAUGGUUCUGGUCGGGAUCUUCACCAAAUUGGGUCUGGAGAAAAGUCAAGGAGGGCAAACAGACAUGACCAGCUCUAGGGCCCUAACAGAACUGUUGAAACAGCCAGGCGAGGCAGGGGGCGUGGACAGAGGAGGCCACCACCCAAUCGGAUCCAACGGCAUCUCUGGCAGAUCGAUGCACACUAAUAACGAGCACAAUCAUCUGAAUAAUUCUGCAUAUCCUCAUUUGGGUCCCGCAAUGGCCCUUUCCCAGCCCCACAACAACCUGGGCUUCAACAAAUAUUCCUCUAUGAAGUCAAUGGAAACGACAGUAAGGGAUUACUACCCCAAGAGCUACCCCAUGAUGGACUACACCCAUCGCCAGUCUUCGCCCGCGACCUUCCAACCCAUCGCCUUCCACCCCAAAGACAAGCCCUUCCUUCCCCCUCCAGACAUCCAUACACCUCUGGCCAUCACCAUCACAUCUGCUCAAGUCCCCAAGCACAAGAUCUCCAAGACCAACACUCACCCGCUCACCUCCAGCUCGGCCUUCAAAGUCUGGGAUCCCAACAAGAGCCACGUCCAACACCAGGUUCCUCUGAUGGCUCAGGCGCAACCUCCGCUGUCCCAACCUAACAGUCGGCGCCAGGCCUUCUCAACCAAACGUCAGUUCAGCAUCGAGACUCUCCCAGAAUUGUUCAACCAGCCUCUGGGGUACGGACACACGCCUAGGGUAUCUCCACAUCCCCACCCUAAACACAAGGGACUGCCCACAAACAGCAAAACUGAAGUCACGGUGUGAGGCGGAAGCUUGACGAAAGAUGCAAAUGGAAGAGAGCAUGAUUAGACAUUGCAACCGGAUGUUAAAGCUUCCAGAUGUGUGCUUCAGAUAUAUUUAUAUUAUAUAUCCUCCUAUUUGUUUUGUACUACAUAUAUAUAUAUAAUCGCCAUAGAUCAAUGGAGGGACAUGUUGCAUGGUCCUGAUUCUUGAACCCACCAUCCCUGUUGUUCUUUGACUGGCCUUCAGAUGUCUCAUAUGGAGCUUUCGCACCCUACAAGGCUGUCAGCUUGGAUCAGUCAGCACCUGUCACGCGGCAAGAUAUUUUUUCUGGCAAUUCCAGACCACAAAGGACAAAGAACAGGAAGAAAGCUUUGUGGAGCAAUAAAGGUGAUGUGGGAGACGAAAGAAAGGGAGCAAUUCUGUGGGAGUGUUAAGGUACCACUGCCAAAACAACUUUGUUUAUUUGACCUACGUGUAUCCCCUGCAAUAUCUGUGAAACUACUCAAUCCCCUUGAAUUUCUCUAAAUGUAAAUAGUUAACUUUUGGUAAAAGCCAGGUUUGGUUUUUAAUGCUGGUACAGUAUGGGCGAGUCAAGCAUGCAUCUGCAUACCUACAUCCUCUGUUGCAUUAUGAUCCACAUACUGGUGACGGGUAUCAGUUUUAGGUAUCUGGGGGAUUGCUCUAGGGACUGGAAAAGCGGCACGUCAUGGUAGCAAUAAUACCCCCGUGUCUGUCCUCUCUUGCCUGGGGCUGAUUGACUGAUAGACGCAGCUGCCGAACGUACUCGCUCUACGCUGCUCCAAGCUGUUCCCAGUCACCGUCUGGCCGUCACACUGCCACAAAACAGCAGGGGGCGCUGUAAUAGAUGAUGGCGCAUCUCUACCGCAACACGUCCAAAAAUACGUGCUCCAAUUUUUCUUGUCCAUCCUUCCGACUCUCAGCAAUGCUCACGCGUCGGUAUUUUUGAAAGACAUAGACAUAUAAAAACCUAGAGGUGACACCACUAAUCAUUUUCUAGAGUUAAAUGUCCUUUAAAUGAUACUCUUGCAAAUAGUUGUAGCAAGUGCUCUGUGUGUUUGAACAACCCCAGUAAGCAGCGCGAGAGAUUUUACGGUCGAUGACAUCUAAUGCACGAGCCUCCGAGGGGCUAUUAAAGAGUGUGAAAUGUUCAAGGAUGAAGUUUAACAGAAGCGCUGCUUAGGGCUGCUGCCAAAUACAACCACAGUGUCACGAUUAAGAGAGGAAGAGGAGGAUUAUCGAAACCUAGAAAAAUAAAGCAAUACACUGCGAACGGUACAAAGCCGGCUUGUCUGAACAGUAGAUUGCAUUAGAGUCAUUGCGUUACACUUUACAGCAAAUGGACCGGUAAUGAACUUUGAUAAAGGAGGAAUAAAGUACACGUGCCGUCCUAGUCAUUUUGGGGAUAAUUUUAACUUCUGGAUAAGCUCCAGGGAGAGAUGCUCCAAAAAUAUGACAACAAAUACGGUUACAGCAUGUUCCCGGAUGGCUAUUUUCAACCUUUUCAUUGGUGUGAGGUUGUACCAACACGUUCUAAUGGGCCAAACUAUCCUGAGCUAACGAUGACAGUUUUGUCUCACAAUAGUUUCAGAGGACACUUGGAGACAAAUGACUGCCACCUUACCGGGCACAGAGAUGCUAAACAAUACCAAGGUGAGCCAACUAAACACGGUGCACUGAACUGGAGCCACACCGCUGUCUGUAAGGUCACUGAGGCCGUCUUUGAGGAACGCUCGGAAAACCGAAGCAGAUUUUCCUCUGAACAAAUCCAUGCUUUGGGCAUGUCUACGAAUUAGAAACAAUUAUCUGGUACAAACACCUUAAAAGGGCCAAACGAGGUGAAGUAGGUACGCAUUUGUCAUUUUAAAGGUGUAAAUAUCAGCCAUGCGCUUUCCUCCGGCAUCAGACGAGCGUGAAUAACUCGAGCGGUUAUAUAAAACCACACAAAUAAGCUGAAUGACUGUUUCCAAUUUCUUUUUCAAAUGAAAGUGUUCUACCUGCGUUAUGAAUGCCACUGGGUAGCAUUUUAUCUUUAGCAAUACGUUAUUACUUUUUACUGUUUAUGUACAGUUUGGCAAUGUUGUAUUUUUGUACCGUAAGCGUUACUGGAACAUAAAGCCUGCUGCAGUCGACAACUAUUUGAUAGAGAUGAAGUGCUUCCGAAUUUUAACACAGUUCUCAAACUUUCCUCGUUAACUUAAAAGAUGUCUUGCCAUAUUUCAAGCUUGCGCUAUAUGUAAAGAGCAUACGCUUUCUUUAGUCAUUUUCUAAAAGAUGUAUUGUAACCAAUGCUUGAAUGCCAUGUUAGUUACCUGUCGUGAGACAUGUAAUAUUGUAAUAGUGAGAAAUCACAUUUGUUCGUUUGACUUUGAUUUGAUUCAUAUGCACUGUACAUUUUGUCUGUAAGACUUAGCAAUUUGUAUUUGUUAACGUUAGUUAAUGCAUUAGCUAGCAUUGCAAUAAGCAAUAUGUCUACAGCAUUUAUUAAUCUUAGUUAAUGUUAAUUUAAGCCUUUACUAAAAAAUGUAUAAAAAUGUGUUAAAGGGAACCUAUUUCAUUGCUAAAAAUAAUGUUAUUUUGUAUAUUUGGUAUAAUACAAUGUGUUUGCGUUGUUUAUGGUUCAAAAAACACAUUAUUUUCCACAUACCGUACAUUUUUGUAGCUCCAGAUUUCAAUCUCUCCCUGAAACGCACGGAUUUGAAAAAGCUCUGUGCCCCUGAUUGGCCAGCUAAUCUGCACAUUGUGAUUGGCCUGAAUACCUCUGACGUCAGCCAGAAAUGUGACGCUCCUUACCAUGUUUAAAAGAUUCGCUCACAAUGCUAUGUUAACAGGAGUCAACUUACAGGCUGUGAGUCCGAAGCGGGAUGAAUUAUGAUAAUGUCGGUCUUGUCAACAUCCCCAAUCCCAGAAAGUAAACUGUUGCCUACAAUCUGUGUGUUUGUUGUAGUCCAAGAAAAGAGAUUUACGUUGGAGACGAUAACUCGUGUCAUCGUUUACUUUGGGAUUUGUACAUUUGCAUAUUGUUAACAUGUACUAAUACACACUUACACAACAAAGGAAAUUUAAAAUCGUGAAUCGGACCAUAGGUGCCCUUUAAUGCAUAAAGAAUAUUGGCAUUAACUAAAAUUAACAUUAAUAAAUGCUAAUUAGCAAUAUUAUUUAUUGCUAGUUUAUGUUAGCUAAUGCAUUUUCUAACGCAACUGCAUCGUAAAGUGUUACCAUUUUGUCUAUGUAUGAUUUCCCAGACAGCAGACGACGCCGGGCCGGUUCCGCACCUGAUGGAGCUGUUUUGGAGCAGAUUCGGCCCAGAGUCGUCUGCUGUCUGGGUUGGUACUAAGGGCUUUUAAAAGUGGUUUGUGGUCUUAACAGGAGUUGUCCAUUAAGUACUAAUCUGGUUCCAAUGUUGAAAAUAUUGUUAUAUAUCAAAACACAUCCCAAUCCGUUAAACAAGAUCCUAAAUGUGUAAAUGUAGCAGCGUAGGGGUUUGAGAAAAUUGAGGUCACAGUAAACAACCUGUUCAGUCGAUUAACAUUUAUCAGUAUUAGUGAUAGACCGAUAUUUGCGAGUUUUAUUUGUAUCGGCAUUAGCCGAUAUGUGGCUUCCGUGUUCGACGAUUUUUUCCGCCAUUAUUUACAGACAGAGUGCUGGAAGCCGCAACCGAUCGCAGGUCAUGUGACUAAAAACAAUCAACUUUUCCAUGACAACAUCGAAACCUCGGCCUAACAGCUGAUCAUAGAUUAUUUCUCAUCUCUAUGGGGCGGUUUACCGGACAGGGAUUAGACUAGUCCUAGACUAAAAUAAAUGUAAGAACUGUCCAAACUAAUAACUUCUCUUUUUAAAAACAUGACAUUUUUUACAUAAUUUUUAUGAUGUAAAUUGAGUGAGCAAAAGCAGUAUCGGCUCCAAAUAUCGGCAGUCUGUAUCGGCUAAGGCUGAUGAAAGAAAAAUCCAUGAAAAACUGAAAAAAAAAAAAUCCAUAUCGGUCGACCCCAAAUCAGCAUGCCAUUUAAAGCCAGCUAUACAACUACAGGUUAAUCCUUAAUAAAAUGAAGGAAAUAAGAAAGUCAGAAGGCCUAACUGGGCUUGCUUUGUAAAUGAAACGGGGCCAGUUUUACUACUACAGUAAGCUGGCACUAAGCAAAUGCCAUCUGUCCCCAGUUCUGUUCCAUUUACAUGUUUACUCACACUAUAUACUCCUGUUUGUUCAUGUAUCAGGGUUAACAGAAGCAAAAAGUUGACUAAAUAUAAAUAUUGUAUAAACAUGUAUGUAUAUGAUGUGAAUAUAAAACAGCACUAGUACACAAACUCCCACAACACACAAACGCACACUAGAGCCGAGGAUUUGGCACUGUAAACCGUGUUUUUGUGUGUUUAAGACUUUUCUACACAGACAGCAGACGACUCCAGGCCGGAUCUGCACCAAAGCUGGAGACUUCAAUGCGGAUCCAGUGUGGAUCCGGCCCAAAGUCGUCUGCGGUCUGCAUCUGAAGUGGCCAACAUCUUAUAUUUUUAACAUCAGAGAAGUGAUUGAUCUCAUGUAAAAUUUAAUAUGCAGGCACAAAUGCACUUCUCAGUUCUAAAAUGUUUUCUUCCUUUCAUGUCCUAAACAUUCACCACCUCUGUUCCAAAAAAUUGCGAGCUACCGCAGUAUGCAGCAUUCUAAGAAAAAUGCCUAUGAGAUGGUAGACGGAGCAUGAACUAUUGGCAUCUGAUAACAAUGGUAUUAGCCAACUAAUAUGCUUUAUUACAGGCACGAUGGUGCCUUAGUAGACCACCUGACAGUCAGCCUGAGGUAGCUAACUAUGUUUUUGGAAAACAGACGGUCUCUCUUUUAAACUAAUUCUGCUUUUCUAGAGCUUAGGCUCGCAUUUCGCUCUCAAUUGUUCGUCAAACAUAUACAAAGGUGUACACAGGCCCUCUAGGAGCCCUUGGAGAAACAUUUGAUUCAGUGUUUAUAAUGGGAGGUGUCUAGUUACUUUGCAAUUCUUACUGGAAGUGUAGCUGAUGUGUUGCCGUCUUUGUUGGUUCUUCCUUUACUUUAUCAACUUCGUCUCUGCCAGGAUGCCAGGAGGUGCAAGUCAUAGCCGUCAGUGAUAUCUAAGUUAAUAUGGGUCUCCUGAGGAUGCAGACAGAAAGAGAGAGAGAGAAAAUAAUCUGGUAUACUGUAUGAUGAUGAAGAACUCUGGGUGGAGGAAGCAGAGAGCAGAAAUCUGUCAAACUCUCCUCUAAUCUUGAUGUUCCCAGACUCCUGCUCAAUUUUAAAAUUCUGCCGCACAUUUACUCCUCAGGUCUGGCUGCACUUUGGGGAGACAUUGAAUUAUUCAGAGAAAUCAGAUUAACACGGUGAAAGAGAGCCAUGCAUGCAACAGAAUGCGCAUGAAAGACUUUCAAGAGAUUUAAAAGCCAGGAAACCAUUUUGAUAGUGCACCUGUUCGGGAAAACCAUGAAUGGAUGAAGAUUUACAGAAGACUAGACGACUGUUAAAAUGGUUGUGUGUCUGGAUUAGACUAUAGUGAAAACAUGUAUGUAUUUUCUUUCUCUUGGAAACCCGGAUCCGCACCGGAGCUGCUGAGAGUUCAGUCAUCUGGAAAGUGAUACGUCAAAACCAGUGGCAUACCGCCUAAUAUUUUUUCUGUUUUUUGGAGAAAGAAAGUUAUGCAGAUUUGCGAGACACGGGAGUAAAUGGUGACAGAAUUUUCCUUUUUUGGGUAAACUAUUCCUUUGGAAAUUGCUUAAAUCUUUCAAAUCUAUAGUAAAAGCCCCAAAUCGAUUUAUAGAAAACAUUUUCUAAUUGUGAGAUAGACGGAGUACUAUAAAGUUUUGUUUAUGUGUAGGUUGGCAUGAAAGCAAUCCUGAGUAAAUAGCAAGUAAUGUAGAACAAACUUUAGAAGCGAUGUUAUUACUUAACAAAGGGUACAGUGAAUUUUGAUGUUAGGGAUGACACUGAGUGAUGCUGAUGAUGGCGACAGUAACCGCGCCAACAGAACAGCAAAGAAAAUGUCAAUCAUUUCUACAGUAGCACACUAAUUGCAGUUUAUGUACGUUAACAUAUAUACAUGGUCAAAAGGAUUCGAUGUCUUUUUAGCAUCUCUUUCUAACAGAAACAUUGUUAAGUGUUCUUUGUACAAACUUGUUUAAAAAAAUAAUAAAGACC